AUGGCGGAGCUCGGGCCGCUGUCGGGGGACGCGUACCUGGCCCCGGGCCGCGGCUACGCGACGGCGGCGGGGCUGGCGUUCGGGGCGGCGCGGGGGCCCGAGGCGGCCCGCGGCUACGGCGCGCCGGGGGCGGGCGGCGAGCUGGCGGCGGGGCCGGCGGCGGCGGCGGCCGAGAGCAGCGGCGAGCCGAGCGGCGACGAGGACGACGGCGGCGGGCGGCGGCGGCGGGGGCGGCGCGGGGCGGCGGCGGCGCGGCGGCGGCCGCGGGAGCCGCGCUCGCUGCGGCUGAGCAUCAACGCGCGGGAGCGGCGGCGCAUGCACGACCUGAACGACGCGCUGGACGGGCUGCGCGCCGUGAUCCCCUACGCGCACAGCCCGUCGGUGCGCAAGCUCUCCAAGAUCGCCACGCUGCUGCUCGCCAAGAACUACAUCCUCAUGCAGGCGCAGGCGCUGGACGAGAUGCGGCGCCUGGUGGCCCUGCUCCACCGGGGCGCGGGCCUGCCGCCGCCCGCGCCCGCCGCGCCGCCGCCGCCCUUCGGCCAGGCCGCCCUGUGCCCCUUCCCGGCGGGCGCCGCCCUCGCGCCCUGCGCGGACAAGUGCGCCGCCUUCCCGGGCUCGGCGCUGUGCAAGCGCUGCGCCGCCGACGAGCCGUGA